GCCGCCAGGAGGAGCGCGGGGAGUGCCCUCCUCGGGCCCUUGGUGGCCUCCUUCCCUCCUCCUCCUCCUCCUGCUGCUGCUGCUGCUGCUCCUGGAGGCGUGGGCCUCUCUCUGCCUUCUUCCUGGGGCCCCGCUGCUGCUGCUGCUGAGUAGGAUGUCAGCCGAGGAGCGGAGGCUGGCGCCGGCGGGGGAGGCCCCAGAGCAGCCGCAGCCGACCCCCGUCGUCCCCCAGGAAGCCCCGGCCCCGGCCCCGGCCCCGGCGGCAGCGCCAGACAAAAGACCCAGGGGCCGGCCUCGCAAAGAUGGCGCUUCCCCUUCGCACAGAGUCAGGAAGAAGCCUCGAAGUAGAGGAAAACCUGCAGUGGAGGAUGAAGACAGUAUGGAUGGGUUGGAAGCAGCAGAAACAGAAAACACUGUGGAAACUGAAAUCAAGGAACAAUCUCCAGAGGAGGAAGCCCAAGCUGAAGUUGGUGAUGAGAAGAAGCUAACACAAACUCUUCAGAGCUUAGUGUCUGAAGAAUCUGCAAGCCCUAUUGCCUCUGUUGGUGUUGAAGCAAAUACCAGCAGUGAACAGCUCUGCGCCUUUUGUUACUGUGGGGAGCGAAGUUCAUUAGGACAAGGAGAACUUAAACAAUACAGUCCAACACCAGGGUUUAUUGCUCCGUGGAACAUCCAGCCUUUAAAUAAGAGUGAAACUGGGGACAGCCAUGAUGGCAUUUGUGAGAGUACUCCAAGGCAGAACUCAGUCCUGCACAAAUCACGAGGACAGAAAAAGAAGUCUCAUGAGAGUAUAACAUCUUGUACAAGUAUAAGCACUCAAACUACUCCUGAUGAUCAGGUAGUCAAGUUCUGGGACGAACUCAGAAUGGUUGGCUUACCAGAUGACAUUGACGUCCAAGCCUUAUUUGAGCCUACAGGUCACUGCUGGGCUCAUCACCGCUGUGCGGAAUGGUCAUUGGGAGUUUGCCAGACUGAAGAGCAGAUACCAGUGAGCGUGGACAAAGCUGUUGUCUCAGGGAGCACAAAACGAUGUGCAUAUUGCAAGCACCUUGGAGCCACUAUCAAAUGCUGUGAAGAGAAAUGCACCCAGAUGUACCAUUACCCAUGUGCUGCUGGAGCUGGCACUUUUCAGGAUUUUAAUAACUUUUCCCUCCUUUGCCCAGACCACAUUGACCAGGCUCCACAAAGAUCAAAGGAAGAAGCAAACUGUGCAGUUUGUGAUAGCCCUGGCGACCUCUUAGAUCAACUUUUUUGUACUACCUGUGGCCAGCAUUACCAUGGGAUGUGCCUGGAUAUACAAGUGACACCUAUAAAACGGGCAGGUUGGCAGUGUCCUGAUUGCAAAGUGUGCCAGAACUGCAAGCAUUCUGGAGAAGAUAACAAGAUGCUAGUAUGUGAUACAUGUGACAAAGGAUACCACACUUUCUGUUUACAACCAGUUAUGGACUCUGUACCAACAAAUGGCUGGAAAUGCAAAAACUGCAGGGUAUGUGCAGAAUGUGGUACACGGACCAGUAAUCAGUGGCAUCACAACUGUCUUAUGUGUGACAGUUGUUACCAUCAGCAAGACAACCUACCCUGUCCUUUCUGUGAAAAAUCCUCCUAUACAGAUGGACAAAAAGACAAGUUGCAUUGUCACAUGUGCAAAAGGUGGAUUCACAUAGAAUGUGACAGACCUUCUGAUAAUGAACUGGAUAUUCAUCUAAAGGAGUACAUCUGCAGUCUUUGCAAGCAUUCAAUAGUGGAAGAGGAACAUGAACAGUCAUGUAAUGUGAUGGCAACUGGCCAACUUCUUCCUGAACCUGGCACAGAUGAAAUGGAAAUAGAAGAUGGUGCAGCCAUUGUGGCAAAUGAAAACCAACUAGUAACUGAUAGUAGCCUUGCUCAAGAAUCACUGGUUAGAUGCACCACUGAUGGCCUCUCAUUAAAUAAAAACAGUGGUGGACUGGCAAUACAGAUUUCUAAUCAUUGUGGUGCAGAUGAAAUGGAAACCUCUCCUAAUAGGACUCAUGCACCCAUUGGUAAUAACAUUGGUAAAAAGAUGGAAACAACAGAAAGUACUCCAGAUCUAAUGUCGCAAGUAGCAGGAAAGCAAACUGUGGAAAUGGAACCUUCACAAGAAAAUACUGAGUCACUUGAUAUGUCAACAGAGGAGUCUCAGCUUCCAUCAGCAACAACUGAGGACUUAUCAAAGAUGCCUCAGGCUUUCAUUUUGAUCAAUAAAGACAGAGCCUCCUACCAGAAAGAAGAGCAGUUAGAAGUAAGGGUGGUGUCAGAAGGUGCGAAUGGAGGUGAUACUCCUGAAAGUUGUGAAACAUCAUCUCUUCCUGCAAGUGAAAGUUGUGCAACUGACAGCUCACCCUUGGAAGAUAAAUCUAUUAAGUCACCAACCGAGACCUUCUCCUCAUUCCCAUCAUCUGUUGAAAUAAAUAAGACAAGUGUGUCUUCCUCACCAGCAGCCUCGCUAGAGUUAGGGUCCUCACAUGACAUGCUGCGUAGUCAGACAUCAUCACUAGAAUCCUCCAUAGCUCUUCCAAUAACAUACGUAUCACUCACUCCAAAAAUUGGAAUGGGAAAACCAGCUAUCACCAAAAGGAAGUUUUCUCCUGGAAGACCGAGGUCAAGACAGGGGGCUUGGAGUAGCCAUAAUACAAUGAGUCCACCUUCCUGGUCCCCAGAUAUUUCAGAAGGUCGGGAAACUUUUAAAUCCAGACCGUUACCUGGCAGUGCCAUAUGGAGCAUCAAAGUGGGUCGUGGAUCAGGGUUCCCUGGGAAGCGGAGACCACGUGGUGCAGGUCUUUCUGGUAGAGGUGGGCGAGGGAGAUCAAAACUGAAGAGUGGAAUUGGAUCUAUCCUUGCUCCAGGGGUCACAGAUAUGGAUAUUUCUUCUAACAGAGAUGAGGAAGAAAACUCAAUGCACAAUACCGUUGUCUUAUUUUCUAGCAGUGACAAGUUUACUUUGCAUCAGGAUAUGUGUGUAGUUUGUGGAAGUUUUGGUCAAGGCGCAGAAGGCCGAUUGCUUGCCUGCUCUCAGUGUGGUCAGUGUUACCAUCCCUACUGUGUCAGUAUUAAAAUUACAAAGGUGGUGCUCCACAAAGGCUGGAGAUGCCUGGAGUGCACUGUGUGUGAAGCCUGCGGGAAGGCUACAGAUCCAGGAAGGCUACUUCUUUGUGAUGACUGUGAUAUCAGCUAUCACACUUAUUGCCUAGAUCCACCACUGCAAACAGUUCCCAAAGGAGGUUGGAAGUGCAAAUGGUGCGUUUGGUGCAGACAUUGUGGAGCUACUUCUCCUGGUCUAAGAUGUGAAUGGCAGAAUAAUUACACACAAUGUGCUCCCUGUGCAAGUUUAUCUACCUGCCCAAUCUGCUGUUGCAAUUAUAGAGAAGAAGAGCUAAUUUUACAAUGUAGACAGUGUGACAGAUGGAUGCACACAGUCUGUCAAAACUUAAGCACAGAGGAGGAGGUUGAAAGCACAGCUGACAGUGGUUUUGACUGUACCAUGUGUAGGCCAUAUAUACUACCAGCAAAUGUGCCUUCCACAGAAUGCUGUGAAUCUUCAGCUGCAGUCCAAAUUAUAACAAAAGCAAAGGAAUUUGACCCACCGAAGACAUACACUCAGGAUGGAGUCUGUUUGACAGAAACAGGGAUGUCUCAGUUACAGAGUCUUAGUGCAGUUGUACCAAGAAGAAAACGGACCAAGCCAAAGCUCAAGUUGAAGAUUAUCAACCAGAAUAGUGUGGCUGUACUCCAGACACCACCUGACAUCCAAUCUGAACACUCAAGGGAUGGGGAGAUGGAUGACAGUAGAGAAGGAGAUCUCAUGGACUGUGAAGGAAAAUCAGACACAAGCCCUGAGCGGGAAACUGUAGAUGAUGAUCCUAAGGGAAUAGAAGGAACAGAGGGGAUCAAAAAGAGAAAGAGAAAACCAUACCGACCUGGCAUUGGUGGAUUUAUGGUACGCCAGCGGAGUCGCACUGGACAGGGAAAAACAAAACGAUCUCUCUCUAGGAAGGAUUCUUCUGGCUCCGUAUCUGAGCAGAUACCUUGCAAAGAUGAAAGUUGGAGUGAACAGCUACCAGAUACACCAGUUGAUGAAACUACUCCUGUUUCUGAAAAUGUAGAAAAAAAUAAAAAACGCUACAGAAAAAAGAAAAACAAGCUUGAAGAAAUCUUUCCAGCAUACCUGCAGGAAGCCUUCUUCGGAAAAGAUCUUCUGGAUACUAGCAGACAAAAUAAACCAAAUUUAGAUCAUUUAUGUGAAGAAAGCCUUAAUAUUUCAUGCAAAACAAAUCUGAGCACAAACUUCUUAGAUCCAUCUUCAGAUCCCCUUCUUAGCUCAACUUCUACACCAACUCCAUCAAAAGCUGGAACACAAGGCAUUGCUGAUGACCCAAUAGCUGCUCUUGUGCUGAACAAUGAUGAUGACAUUCUUGGAAUAUUUUCUGAUGAUUUAGUGAAAUCUGCAGAUCAUUCAGCUGGUCUGGAUAUUGGAGCCAUCUCUGAUGAUCCCUCUUCUCUGCCUCUACAAAGUGUCAGUCAGAGUUCACGGCCGUUGAGUGAAGAACAAUUAGAUGGAAUCCUAAGCCCUGAAUUGGACAAGAUGGUCACAGAUGGUGCAAUUCUUGGUAAAAUGUACAAGAUUCCAGAGCUGGGAGGAAAGGAUGUUGAAGACCUGUUUACAGCUGUACUGAGUCCCGCAGCUACUCAAUCAACAGCUUUGCCACAACCCCCACCACCCCCACCCCCACCGUUAAUGCACUUGCACAAUCCAGGGGAAAACACUUUUUCAAGAGUUCCAGUUAUGAAUGGCCUGAUUGGACCAAAUCCCCAUCUCCCUCAUGCAUCUUUGGUUCCUGGAGGUGGAUUAGGUGCUUUUCCUACUAUAUCACAACCAUCGUACACAGAUACCAGAGACAAAAAUACAACAUUUAAUGCAGUGAUGAAUGAUCCCACUGGCUCCUGGGUUCCAUCUACUGCCCCUCUAGAAGGUGAAGGUGAUACCAUGUCUAAUGCACAGAGAAGCACUCAGAAGUGGGAAAAGGAGGAAGCACUUGGUGAAAUGGCAACUGUAGCACCUGUUUUGUAUACAAAUAUCAAUUUUCCAAACCUAAAGGAGGAAUUCCCAGAUUGGACUACAAGGGUAAAGCAGAUUGCUAAACUGUGGAGGAAAGCAAGCUCGCAGGAAAGAGCUCCAUAUGUGCAAAAAGCAAGAGAUAAUAGAGCUGCCUUACGCAUCAACAAAGUGCAGAUGUCUAAUGAUUCCAUGAAAAGGCAGCAGCAACAGGAUAGCAUUGAUCCAACCUCUCGUAUUGACACAGAGCUCUUUAAGGACCCAUUAAAACAGAGGGAAUCAGAGCAUGAGCAAGAGUGGAAAUUUAGACAGCAAAUGCGUCAGAAAAGUAAACAGCAAGCUAAAAUUGAAGCAACUCAGAAACUAGAGCAAGUGAAAAAUGAGCAGCAGCAGCAACAACAACUUCAGCAGCAACUUGGUUCACAGCAGCUUUUGAACCAGUCAGGUUCGGAUACACCUAGUAGUGGAAUACAGAGUCCUUUAACUCCUCAGGCUGGCAAUGGAAAUAUGUCUCCUGCUCAACAGACAUUAUAUACAAAACUCCCACCUGGUACUCCUUCUUCUUCUUCUUCUUCCUCUUCCUGUACUCCUCCUGAUGUGUUCCUAAAACCACAAGCCCCACCUCCCUCUGUGACACCAAACAGAGUGCCUGUUCAAGAGACACACUCUCAGGCUUCAUCUCAACAGACUUUUUCUCCUUGUUCCUCUACCAGACCACCUUCUCCUGUUGACCCAUAUGCAAAAAUGGUGGGCACUCCCAGGCCACCACCUAUUAACCAAAAUCAGAACUAUAUCAGAAGAAACUCUAUUCCAUCAGUAGACAUCUGUCCACCCCCAUCACCCAUAUCUAGGCCAGCUCAACUAUCUGAAUCAAUAGCAGGUCGGCCAUCGCCAGUCAGAGAUUCAUGUUCUUUGUCUCCAGUCAGCAACGACCCUUAUGCAAAAUCUCCAGAUACACCCAGACCUGUAAUGGGAACAGAACAAUUCUCCAAACCCAUAGGGGUAUCAAGAUCAUCUCUAAUUGCAGAACAGCCAGGCAAAGCAUCUUUAACUGUAGCAAACAGUGACCCAUUUACUAAGCCACCUCCUAGGACAGAUGGAUUUCCAAGACCUCGGAUGUCUCUGGCUGACCCGUAUGCUCGACCCCCAUUGACCCCCACUCCUGUUGCUGAAGGAAGUUCUGGCCCAUUUAAAACCCCACUGCGCCCAUGUCAGUCACCACAAGAUCCUUACACAAAGAUGCCACCAACCCCAAGACGCAUAGCUGUGGAUCCCUAUGAACGGCCUGUUUUGACACCAAGGCCUGUGGAUAGCUUUUCACACAAUCCGUCUAAUGACCAAUACACUCAGUCUCCUAUGACUCCACAGACAGCAAUAAAAGAGACUUUUGCCCAACCACAAAGAGUAAUGCGAAACCAGAAUGAUUCUUUUUCUCAGUCUGGAACUGGUUCAAGGGCAGCUGCUCAGGAUCCAUAUGCCCAGCCCCCCGGUACUCCUCGCCCUGUCUCAGACCCAUAUGCUCAGCCUCCAGGUACUCCUCGCCCAGUCACAGAUCCUUAUGCCCAACCUCCGGGUACUCCUCGGCCUACCACUGUUGACCCAUAUAUGCAUCAGCCCCUCACACCAAGACCUGCACAGAAAGCAGACUUAUUUGCUCAGGUUUCAACUAAUCAAAGGCAUUCUGAUCCAUAUAGCCAGCCUCCAGGUACACCAAGACCAAUUAAUAAUGAUCCUUAUUCUCAGCCACCAGCAACUCCCAGGCCUGGAGCUUCAGAAACAUACAGUAGGCCUGCACCCAUGUCAAAUCGAGAUCCUUAUCUACAGACUUCACUAAACAAGCCUUUUGUAAGACCUUCAGAUCCAUGUUCUCAGCCUCCAAAAUUAUCAGGAUCUGCUGUGACAGAUACUUUUAGCCAUAUUCCAAUAGCCCCACCUUGUGAUCCUUAUGAUCAGCCUCCAAUGACCCCAAGACCUCAGCAAGAAAAUUUUGGAAAUGCUCAACAUCCCCAUGAUGCAGCUGAACAGCCAAGACCUGGAUCAGAUGGGAGUUUCAGUGCGCCUGUCAACUCCUCUGUGAACUUGCAGGGAAAACCAUUUCCCCAGACUGCUCAAGUUCCUGGCCCACCACCCACGGCAGGAGCAACAAGUACACAGAACACAAUGUCUCAAGCAGAUGCAGAGAAACUGAGACAACGCCAGAAAUUACGUGAAAUUAUUCUUCAUCAGCAACAACAGAAAAAGAAUGCAAUCCGUCAAGAGAAAACACUACAAGAACCCGCCACAACAUCCCAUACAGGACCUAUUCAACCGUGGCAACAAGAGAAUCUGAACCAGAUUUUUAACCGUCCUCCUCCUCCAUACCCUGGAAAUAUUAGGUCAUCCAUUGUCCCUCCCAGUGGACUGAGGUUCACAGGUUUUCCUGCUGAUGGACAGUUUAAUAGACCCCAGUUUCCAGGAGAUAUGGGUGGUAUGGGAAUGAGGCCUCAUGGAAUUAGAUUUGGUUUUUCUGGAAGUGGUCAUGGACCUCCCACAUCUCAAGAACGUUUCCUUGGUCCUCCACAGCAAAUGCAACGUGCUGGAGUCCCACCACAGCUCAGAAGAUCCAUACCUAUAGAUAUGCCUAGACUACCUAACAAACCACAAAUGGGUAACCCUAUUGGACUCUCACAGCACUUCCCACCACAAGGGAUUCAAGUUCAGCAGCACAACAUUAUGGGACAGGCAUUUAUUGAGCUGUGUCACAGAGCACCUGAAAGCAGGCCAAGACUUCCUUUUAAUUCCCCAUCAACUACUGUUAUGAAUGCAGUUCCCCAGCAUCAACAACAUACAGGGUUUUUACCCAGGCAAGACUUUCAGGGCCCCAGACAUAUAGAACCCAUAAGACGCAAUUCUCAAAACCUUAACACUCCAUUGCAUGUGUCAACAGGUUUGGAACAUUUACCACCAUCUCAGCAAGAAACAGUGAAUCCAAACCACCCACCUGUGCUAGUUAUGUGUUCUGUAAGUAAUCCACCAGUUCAUGAUGCUUUUCCAGGAGGUUCUUUGCCAGAAACAGAGGCAGAAAAUGAUUUACAGGUUCCCAGCCAGACCACUGAGGUAUUAGAAGAAAAGCUUGAUCCUGAUGAUCCUGCUGUAAAAGAUUUAGAUGUCAAAGACCUUGAUGGUGUUGAGGUUAAAGAUUUAGUGGAUGACGAACUUGAGAAUCUAAAUCUAGACCCAGAAGAUGGCAAAGGAGAUGAACUGGACACAUUAGAUAAUCUUGAAACCAAUGAUCGUCACCUAGAUGACCUUCUGAGAUCAGGAGAAUUUGACAUAAUUGCUUACACUGAUCCAGACCAUGAUUUAGGUGACAAAAAGGGUAUGUUUAGUGAGGAGCUGGACCUUAAUGUCCCUAUAGAUGAUAUACAGGGCAAAGCAGAAGAUACUCAGCAAAACCAUCAAGAAGAUAAAGCUGCCAGUCCAGGAGGCUCACUUUCUCCUCAGAACAAAACUGGUGAAGUCAGUGAGAUUAAAACAGAAGUGUUGUCUCCAAACACAGUAGAUGAAAGCAACUCUGAAAAUGAAAAAGGUGACAGAAAUGUGGGAGCCUCAAGCACUCAGCAUAUGGCUGAAUCAGAGUUACAUGAUGGGGAAACAAAGUCUGUGUUACCUUGUAAUGCGGAAAUAGCUGACAAAACAAAUAUAAAUGAGGAAACCACUGUGUCUAGCCCGGAUGCUGCUCAAGGCACUGCUCCCACAUCUGUUCAAAGUAUAGCUAGUUCUUGUAAUAUCUCUGGAUCCACUCCAGUUCUUACAAGUUUGCUUUCUAAUGAAAGUUCAGAAAGCCCUGAUGUUGGGCCCUUGGGCUCUCCGACUCACCCAUUGCCAGCAGCACAAGCAAACCCUGUUUCAAGUAUUCCACAAACUUUAAUGACAUCUCCUGGUCAAACUGUGGAGAAUGUACUACCUAAUGUGAACAUGGUUCCACAAUUAAGCCAUAGCUUCUCACAAGGGACAGCAGUAAAUCCAGGUUUUAUCCCUGGUCAGCCAGCUAGUCAUAGCUUUGGGCCAGGACAGCCUGGUAAUCAAACUGUGUCUGCUGUAAAUAGACCUGGCCCCAGUGGAAUGCCUGGUCCCCAGCAGAUGAUGCUUCCUCAAACAUUAGCCCAGCAGCAAAAUCGAGAGAGGCCUCUUCUGCUGGAAGAACAACCCCUUCUGCUGCAAGAUCUUUUAGACCAAGAAAGACAGGAGCAGCAACAGCAGCGACAGAUGCAAGCCAUGAUUCGCCAGCGUUCGGAGCCUUUUUUCCCCAACAUUGAUUUUGAUGCAAUCACUGAUCCUAUAAUGAAAGCAAAGAUGGUGGCUCUGAAAGGGAUCAAUAAAGUGAUGGCACAGAACAAUAUGGGAAUGCCACCGAUGGUCAUGAACAGGUUUGCCUUUAUGGGCCAGGCAGUGCCAGGAGCACAGACUGGGGAAGGCCAGAAUCUAAUACAGCAGGCGAUUACACAGGAUGGAAGCCUAACACCUCAGAUCUCUAGGCCAAAUCCUCCAAAUUUUGGUCCUGGAUUUGUUAAUGAUUCACAUAGAAAGCAAUAUGAAGAAUGGCUGCAAGAAACACAGCAGCUUCUUCAAAUGCAGCAGAAAUUCCUUGAAGAGCAAAUUGGUGCACAUAGAAAAUCAAAAAAAGCACUCUCUGCAAAACAGCGCACUGCAAAGAAAGCUGGCCGGGAAUUCCCGGAGGAAGAUGCAGAGCAGCUUAAGCAUGUAACUGAGCAGCAGAGUAUGGUUCAAAAACAGCUCGAACAGAUACGCAAACAACAAAAGGAACAUGCGGAGCUCAUUGAAGAAUAUCGGAUUAAACAGCAACAAUGUGGAAUGGGUCCCCAUACUAUGAUGCCAGGCAUGCCUUCUCAGGCCCAAGUGGUCCCAGGAGGAUCACCACCAUCAGUGGGUCCACAGAAUUUCCCAGUAGUAUCACAACAGCUUCCACACCAGCAGCAUACAGUUGUUGUUCCUGGGCAACCCAAUCCACCAAGGAUGCCAAGCUUGCCUGGAUGGCAGCCUCCCAACACUGCACAAAUGCACAUCCCACACAAUGCACCGAGGAUGCCUCCUCCAAUGACACCACUGCCAGUCACUCCUGUGCCACCCACUUCUGUGUCAGCUCCUACCUCCAGUGGGCAGUCAGCAGCCCCACCACGUGUAGAGUUCGAUGAUAAUAACCCAUUUAGUGAAAGCUUUCAAGAGCGGGAGCGAAAAGAGCGUUUGCGAGAGCAGCAGGAAAGACAACGAAUUCAGCUUAUGCAGGAGGUAGACCGGCAGAGAGCUUUACAACAGAGGAUGGAGUUGGAGCAACAUGGUGCAAUGGGUUCAGAAUUAAAUACCAGAACUUCCUUGUCUCAAAUACCAUACUUCAAUCCUGAUCUACCUUGUGAUUUCAUGCGGCCUUCACAGUCUCUUCAGCAGUCCCCACAGCAUCAACAGCAGCAGUUGGGACCCCUUAUACAGCAAGGACCUUUGAACUCGCCACCUGCUGCCAACUUCCCACAGUGUAGUGAGCGGCAACCGGUGGGAUCAUCCUCUUUUAGACCUGAUCCAACCUCAGUUGCAGAUGGAAGCCCCACUUUCCAUUCUGUUAAGCAGUCCCUUGGGAGUGCCUCAGGAGCCAACUUUACACAGUGCCAGGUUAGACCUCAGUUUGCUGGUGGUUUGCCUGCAGUUUCUCUAGCAGUUGGCAGUGCCCCCCCCUGUGGCCAGGACACCAGCAUGCCUCAUGGCUCAAACUUUCCUGGAACAAGUCAGUCUCUCAUUCAGUUGUAUUCUGAUAUUAUCCCAGAGGAGAAAGGCAAGAAGAAAAGAACAAGGAAAAAGAAAAAAGAUGAUGAUGCAGAAUCAGUAAACACUCCAUCAACACCUCAUUCGGAUAUAACUGCACCACCAACUCCACUUGUUUCCGAUACAGUCUCCACCCCAGCAGUUAGCACACCUGGUGAACUUGCACAUCAUCCAGGGGAAAUGGAGGCAGAGGAGCUGCCAGGCUCAUCAACUCCAAAUGCUGCAGAGAGCAAGUCUUCCUUAGAACUCAAAGGUCAGCUCUCCAGUAGUGAUUUGCCAGAAAGCAAAUUGCCUGAGCAAUCAAGCGUGAACCCGGAGACAGACAAGGUCAAGGCAGAUGCUUCCACAAGCAUUCAGGAAAUUAGCCAGGAAAAUACAGAAGCCGAACAAUGCCCUAGUCAACCUGAGCUUAAGAUGGAAAGUCAAAGCAGCAUUAAAGUGGAAGAGGAUAAAGCUACAAACCAGUCUACCCAUUCUUCCCAGAGUCAGGGGCAAGAUGCAAGCAGCCUGGCAGCAAAAGGGGAAUCGGGGAAUGAACUCCUAAAACACUUGCUUAAGAACAAAAAAUCCACUUCUCUUAUCAGUCCAAAGUCAGAUAGCACCUUCCCCUCAGAAGAAAGUGCUGAAGAGCACAAAUUUGUAGAAAAACGGGACCUGGCUGAAGGUGGUAUGCAACCAUUAGGAAAUCAGUUGCAGGGUACGUUUGGGUGUGGCAACAACCAAAUUCAGAGAACAGAUUCAGGACUUGAAAUGAAAAAACAGCGAAACAAAAGAACUCAGAGGACAGGGGAGAAGGCAGCACCUCGGACCAAGAGGAGGAAAAAGGAGGAAGAGGAGAAGCAAGCUAUUUACCCUAGCACAGAAACUUUUAUGCAGUUAAAGCAGCAACUCUCUUUGCUGCCUCUAAUGGAGCCAAUAAUUGGAGUGAGUUUUGCCCACUUUCUUCCUUAUGGCAGUGGUCAUCUGAAUAGUGGAAGUCGCCUUAUGGGAAGCUUUGGUAGUGCCACGCUUGAUGGGGUAUCAGAUUACUAUUCCCAGCUAAUCUACAAGCAGAAUAACCUCAGCAACCCUCCCACACCUCCAGCCUCCCUCCCUCCCACACCUCCACCUGUAACUUGCCAAAAAAUGGUAAACGGAUUUGCAACCACUGAAGAACUUGCUACAAAGGCUGGAAUGCUGGGUGGUCAUGAUGUUACCAAAGCUCUGGGACCGAAGCAGUUUCAGCUGCCUUUCAAACCACAGGAUGAUCUCUUAGCUCGAGCCAUGGCUCAAGGCCCUAAAAGCGUGGAUGUUCCUGCUUCUCUUCCAACUCCACCACAUAACAAUCACGAAGAGCUACGGGUUCAGGAUCCUUGUGAUGACAGAGACACUCCUGAUAGCUUUGUUCCCUCUUCCUCUCCUGAGAGUGUAAUGGGCAUGGAAAUAAGCAGAUACCCUGAUCUGACAACAGUGAAGGAAGAGAUGCCAGAGCCAGUUCCAUCCCCCAUCAUUCCAAUCCUACCUGCUAGUACUGGAAAGGGUACAGAAGCAAAACAGAAUUAUAUCAAAACAGAGCCUGGUCCUGGCUUCUUUGGAUCUCAGAUUGGAUCUUCGCAAAAUGGCCCAAAAUCUGGCUUUGUAUCCAUAGCAAUUACUUUACAUCCUGCUGCUGCAGAGAAUAUUGGCAGUGUGAUGGCUGCAUUUUCCAGUCUUCUGCAUGUCCGGAUUCCAAAUAGUUAUGAGGUUAGCAGUGCGUCAGAUGGUCCAUGCUCCAUGGGAAUGGUAAACUCUCACAAACCAAAUCCAACCUUUGAAUACAGACAGCACUUAUUACUACAUGAUCCUCAGCCUAUAGGCACUCCUGGACUAACAGGGCCUUACGGAUUCAAACAACAUAGCAUGUCAUUUCCACCAAGUGGCAAUGUUUUGGCAGGCUAUAAAGCACACAAUCCAGGUGUCAUAGACGGUCCGGCAUUGAGGCCACAGUGGUGUUCUCAUUGUAAAGUAGUCAUUCUGGGCAGUGGAGUACGGAAAUCUUUCCGAGAUCUACCUUUGCUGAAGCAGGAUUCCAGAGAGAAGUCUGAAAGAAUGGAGAAAGACAUUGUCUUCUGCAGCAACAAUUGCUUUGUUCUGUAUUCAGCAUCCAUGCAAGCAAAACACUCAGAUCGCAAGGAAUCAAUUCCUUCGUUGACACAUUUUCCAGUAAAAGAGGCUCCCACCAAAGUGUUCCAUCAAUAUAGCAACAAUAUUUCUACCUUAGAUGUACACUGCCUCCCUCAGUUCCAGGAAAAGGCUUCUCCACCUUCAUCUCCCCUAAUCACCUUCCCUCCUGCUUUUGAAGCAGCCAGAGUGGAACCAAAACCAGAUGAACUUAAGGUAACAGUAAAACUAAAACCCCGCUUGAGAACAAUACCCAAUGGUCUUGAUGACAGUCGACCAGUAAAUAAGAAAUGGAAAGGAAUGAAGUGGAAGAAAUGGAAUAUACAGAUUGUGAUUCCUAAAGGAACAUUCAAACCUCCUUGUGAUGAGGAAAUUGAUGAGUUCCUCAAGAAACUGGGCACAACCAUUAAACCUGAUCCAGUACCUAAGGACUACCGAAAAUGUUGCUUCUGCCAUGAGGAGGGUGAUGGACUAACAGAUGGACCAGCAAGACUUCUUAACCUUGACUUAGACCUAUGGGUCCAUUUGAAUUGUGCUCUUUGGUCUACUGAGGUCUAUGAGACACAAGCUGGUGCCUUAAUAAAUGUGGAACUAGCACUGCGAAGGGGGUUGCAAAUGAAAUGCACAUUCUGUCACAAAAUGGGCGCUACCAGCGGCUGUCACAGGUUAAGGUGCACCAAUAUUUAUCACUUUACCUGUGCUAUUAAAGCACAAUGCAUGUUUUUUAAAGAUAAAACUAUGCUUUGCCCAAUGCACAAACCAAAGGGCGCUCAUGAGCAGGAACUCAGCUAUUUUGCUGUCUUCAGGCGGGUCUAUGUGCAGCGUGAUGAAGUCCGACAGAUCGCUAGCAUAGUACAACGAGGGGAUCGUGAGCACACCUUCCGGGUGGGGAGCCUUAUUUUUCACACUAUCGGCCAGCUGCUGCCACAUCAGAUGCAGGCCUUCCAUUCUUCAAAGGUGCUCUACCCUGUGGGUUAUGAGGCCAGCCGGUUGUAUUGGAGUACGCGGUAUGCCAACCGCCGAUGUCGCUAUCUGUGUUCCAUUGAAGAGAAGGAGGGCCUUCCCCUCUUUGUCAUCAGGAUUAUUGAGCAAGGCCAUGAAGAUCUGGUUCUUACAGACUCAACCCCAAAAGGUGUUUGGGAUAAAAUCCUGGAGCCUGUUGCUUCUGUAAGGAAAAGUUCUGAGAUGCUCCAGCUCUUCCCCAUAUAUUUGAAGGGGGAAGACCUUUUUGGUUUGACUGUCUCCGCAGUGGCUAGAAUAGCUGAAUCGCUUCCUGGGGUUGAGGCAUGUGAGCAUUACACCUUCCGCUAUGGCCGUAACCCACUCAUGGAACUCCCUCUUGCCAUCAACCCCACAGGCUGUGCCCGCUCAGAGCCAAAAAUGAGCAGCCAUGUCAAGAGGUUUGUGUUAAGGCCUCAUACCUUGAAUAGCACCAGCACUUCGAAAUCAUUUCAGAGCACAGUUACAGGAGAACUAAAUGCACCUUACAGUAAACAGUUUGUUCAUUCAAAGUCCUCUCAGUACCGAAAGAUGAAGACUGAAUGGAAAUCCAAUGUCUACUUAGCACGAUCACGAAUUCAGGGCUUGGGCUUAUAUGCUGCUAGAGACAUUGAAAAGCACACCAUGGUCAUUGAAUAUAUUGGAACCAUCAUCCGCAACGAGGUAGCCAACAGGAAAGAGAAGCUUUAUGAAUCUCAGAAUCGUGGAGUGUACAUGUUCCGCAUUGACAACGAUCAUGUCAUUGAUGCCACGUUGACAGGAGGUCCUGCAAGGUAUAUUAAUCAUUCCUGUGCACCAAACUGUGUGGCUGAGGUUGUAACCUUUGAAAGGGGACAUAAAAUCAUCAUCAGUUCUAGUAGGAGAAUCCAGAAGGGGGAGGAGCUCUGUUACGACUAUAAGUUUGAUUUUGAAGAUGAUCAGCACAAGAUUCCAUGUCACUGUGGAGCUGUAAACUGCCGAAAAUGGAUGAACUAGAUGCAUUCCUUUGCUGUCUCCUGGGUUUGCUUGUCCCAAGGAAGAAGUGAUUUUGAUGAUGAUGUUCUGCAGGCUGGAGGUUGGGGUGUGUGAAAGCAAUCACUUCUAUAAAUUGCAUGUUCUACUCCCGCGUAAACCAGCAUCAGAAGCAAGCUGACGGGAUACGCAGUUGGUGCCUGGCUUCCCGGGGAUACAAGCGGUGCAACAAAUCUCCAGACCAGUCCAGCACUUUUGAUUUUUUGAACUCACUAAGGAGAAAUUGUUGAACUUGGGCAGAGAAGCUAUAGCUGACCUGCUGAAGGGCAGUGUGGCAUCAAUGAAUGUAGACUGAAAUCACCAGCGAAAGGGAGACGUCCAAAGUGCUGGCCACAGCCUUACUUAUUAAAGGGGCAGGCCCUCUAAAUACAGAAUAAAAAUAAGUUUAAAUAAAAGUAGACACCACUGAACAAGGAAUGUACUGAAACGACUUCCUUAGGGAUAGAGCUAAGGGAAAAAAUAACUUGCACUAAAAUACAUUUAAAAUACUUGAUUCCAUGAGUCAGUUUAUUGUAGUUUUUUGAUUUCUGUAAAAUAAGAGAAACUUUUUGUAUUUAUUAUUGAAAUAAGUGAAUGAAGCUAUUUUUAAAAGGAAGAGUUAGAAGCCAAGCUGCUGCUGCUGCUGUUCUUUGCAGAACUAACAAACCCUGUUACUUUGUACAGAAGUGUAAAUAUUUUCAGGAAGAAGAAAAGAACAGUAUAAAAAAUAGUAAUUGACCAAAUGCUACCAGACUCUGCAGCAGUUCAGGUGCUUAUUAUUAAACUUUGAUAGGGAUGUUACAAUAUGAUCUCAUGUAUUACUAAACGUAUGCCAUUAAAAUUGUUAUGGAAUAACCAAAAUCUCAAUUUAAGAGAGGUUUGACUUUAUUUUUUUAACCUUUGAAGCAGGCUCAAUUGUGCUCUAUCAAUAACUUUUUUAAGUAACCCUUAAGAUUGGCGCAGAGCAUGUAUAUUACAGCUAUGACUUUUGUAGAUGUCUGAGAAAAUUUAGACUGACUGGUUUAUUUUGUUUGUAUUAUAUUGUUACAUCCCUAUUUCUUAAAUCAGGUUUUUUUGUGCUUAGGAUUUGUGAUAACUGUGAAUAACUGCUAAAACCACCCAAAAUAGAAGCUGAACACUGAUUUUCUUUCCCAGAAAAAGUAGAGGGGAUUACAUGAACUGUUCAGCUUACACUAAAAUCAUGUAAUGAAAAUAGAAAUGUGUAGUGAAAGCGUAAGUCUAAUACAAUAGCUGCCUUCUUUAAAGAUAAAAACAAGGAAAAAAAUUAGAUGUAAUUGUGCUUUCAUCUGCAGGACUCUCGCAAUAGGGUUUUGGAAAAUGUAAUUUAAAGAUGUGUUUGUAUGGAUUGUUUUUGUUUACAUUUCUUUAAAAAAAAUAAACACUGUUUGUGUUUGCUUGUAGAAAUCUAAUCAACAUUUUGAACCAGGUUAGUUUUUUAUUUUGUACUUUAAAUUCUGGUACUGACACUUCACAGUCUAAAUAUGAAAGAAAAUGAAGUUUUUUGUGUGCACAGCUGAAGUGGACUGUAAAACUGUUGGUAUAUUCAGUGAUACAGUUCUGAACUUGUAAUGUAUAUGGCAUGAUGUAUUUUUAUCUUACAGAAUAAAUCAAUUGUAUAUAUUUUUCUCUUGAUAAAUAGCUGUAUGAAAUUUGUUUCUUGAAUAUUUUUCUUCUCUUGUACAAUAUUCCAACAUCCUACCAGUAUUUGUCCUACAGGUUUUUUUUUCUGUUCUGUAUAAUAGUUAUCUAAUGUUGGCAAAAAUGAAUUUUUGAAGUAUACAGAGUGUUAUGGGCUUUGAAAUUUGUGGAAACAGAUUUGGAAGAUCAGCAUUUACAAAUAAAAUAUUUUACAUCUAUAAA